ACCUUUGUGCUCCCCUGUUUGUGCAGCUGCUGCAGCACAUGGUGCGGAUGCGGCAGGAGCUGGACCGCGAGCGGCAGGAGCGGAACUCCUUCCAGCUGGAGUGUAACCGCAUCCAGGGCUACUGGGAGAUCACCCGCCGCGAGCUGGAGGAGAGGAAGGCGGAGCUGCGCACCCGGGACCGCGAGAUGGAGGAGGCGCAGGAGCGGCACCAGCUGGAGAUCAAGGUGUACAAGCAGAAGGUGAAGCACCUUUUGCACGAGCAGCAGGAGAACCUGACGGAGCUGAAGGCAGAGGGAGUCCUGUCCCUGAGGAAGGCCCAGAAGGAUCACUGGGAGCAGGAGGAGGAGAUGUGGAAGGAGAAGCACUCCUUGAACGCAAGGCUGAAGGAGCAGGAGCUGGCCAAUGAAGCAGCCAUCUCAAAGCUCUGCCUGAAACACGAGGAGGAGAUGUCCCGGCUGCGCAGUGACUUCGAGCUGCAGACCAAAGAGAUGGAGGCCAAGUACACGAGGAAGAUGCAGGCACUGCGGGACGAGCUGGACCUGCGGAGGAAGACAGAGAUCCAUGAGCUGGAGGAGAGGAAGAACACCCAGAUCAGCGAGCUGAUAGGGAACCACGAGGGGGCUUUUGGUGCCAUCAAGAACUACUACAACGACAUCACCGCCAAAAACCUGACCCUCAUCAACCUCCUGAAGGAGCAGGUGGAAGAGCUGAAGAAGAAGCAGGCUGUGCUGGAAAAGGAGAAGGCAGAUGUGCUGCGUGAGAACAAGGGGCUGGCAGAGCCGCUGCAGGAGGCCCAGGAGCAGGUGGCUGAGCUGCAGAAGAAGCUGGUUAACUAUUACAGGGACAAGGAGGCCCUGGUGAACUCCAAAGCCCAUCUGAAAAUCGCUCAGAAGGAGCUGAAGGACCUUCAGUGGGAACACGAGGUGCUGGAGCAGCGGUUCAGUCAGGUCCAGUCGGAGCGGGAUGACCUCUACCAGAACUUCACCAGAGCCAUUAACGAGGUGCAGCAAAAAACGGGCUACAAGAACCUGCUCCUGGAGCACAAGCUGCACAGCCUCCUCUCCCUCCUGGAGCAGAAGGAGGUGGAGCUCAGCGAGGUCCUUGCAGCCGCCGACAUCGACCCCAGCGCUCUCUCCUUGGUCUCCCACAAGCUGGAGGACGUGCUCAAUUCCAAGAAUGCCACCAUCCAGGACCUGCAGAUCCAGCUGGCCAGAGUCUGCAAGGCACACAACGACAUGCUGCAGACCUUCGAGGCAAAGCUGACAGCCUUUGGCAUCCCCCUGGACAACCUGGGUUUCCAGCCACUGUCCUUUCCCCUCCCGGGGCAGGAACUGGGGAAGGGCCCUGCUGGACUCGUUUCAGUGCCCACCUGAUGCUGGCAGCACUGAGGGUCCCACUGGCACACUGGCACUGGGGCUGUGCCCUUUUCCUGCUGCGUGUCUUUAAACAGACCCCAGUAAGCAUCUUCAGGAAUCUCUCCUGCCGAGGGGGACCACAGCUGGAGGGCUGCAGGCAUCCCACCCACCCCACCAUGCUGCCCCUGGGGCUAAUUCUGUUCCCACAAAAGUGGAAGGUGAUGUUUUGAGACAAACGG